CAUGCAGCUGAUUUGGCUCCAGAUAUAAACACAGACUUUCUCUGUGGAAUCACUCCCUUCUCGAGCGGCGUGGAGUCGAGUCCAAACAACCCGAGCAGGUCCCCUGGGCAGAAAACCCAGGAUGGAGAAGGAUUCUCCAUCCAAGCCGUCUGUGGCUGAGCUGGCUGGAAGGCUGAAAGGUCAUAUCCUGCCCAUGCCUAACUCAAAUGACGAGUCUCCGUUCCGAAAGCGACCUCCGUGUUCCCUGAAGUUACAGCCUCAAACACAUGAAAACGAGGAGUCAGAAAACUCGGUCCCACCUAAGCCUUACGCAAAGAUGAAGAACUCCACCAUCAUUGAGAAACUCCAGGCCAACCUGGCUCUGUCCCCCACUGCUUUGCUGCCUUCAGCCAAGAGUCCGGAGGGGAAGCUGCAGCCGCCGACCCUGACCCCCACCACCCCCAGCAGCCCCUUCAGCCCCACCCUGCGACCAUCACACCAGUCCAGCGAAGAGGAGGAUCCCGUCAGCUUCGACAGCCCCCCCGAAGGCGCCACUUUGCCGAACUUCAACAAGACUCGGGCCCGGCUAUCCUUCAAAAGGCGACCGCCCACAAGACAGCACAGGAGGUCGGCCGGAGACGAGGUGGAAGCCUCUCCAAGGGAUCCAUCCCCGAGUGAACCGCAUCCACCGAAAGAAAACCGGAACGAGGAACAGACCUUCAGCGUCCUGACCGAGGAAACGGAAUCUGCACACACGGGCGGUCAGCGAGAAACCAAAAACAAGGAGGAGGAGGAGGAGAAGGAGGACUGCGAAAAGAUUGAGGCUGGGACAACGCCGAGUGACCCAGACAACAGCAGGCCAGACCGGGAUCUGCAAGAGGAACAAGUAAAGAGCGCAGAGGAUUUGGAGGAGGAACAGCUGUCUUCUGAGUCUGUUGACCAGAUAGAGGUUGAUGUUAAGACAGAGGAACAGCAGGACGAGGCGCCUCAGGAGACAAAACACGAACCGUGAAUGUUUGCAAAAAAGAUGAAAACCAGAAAAAUAAGUUAUUCUGUGCUUUUAUUGAAAGAUAUCCUUUAAAGCGUUAAAGUCCCACUCUCAUCAUCUUUUUAUCUGUUGUAAGAGUUUCCAGUGGCUCUUUAAAGAGGCCAUACCAGGAUUUUCUUAAGUCUUUCUUUUAAAUAUAUCCAUAUAUGUGAUCAUAUAUUACCGUUGGCUCACUAAAGAACAAAUUAUUGAUGAGAAAUGAGUUAUUUUCCUGAGUUUUUUCCUAUCAGAAAGUAAGACGCUUUUGUCUGAGGCACUGCCAUUCACUUCUUGUAUCAUUUCAUGACAUCAUCUUAGAGCCGGUUCAACAUCAUGUCUGCGUUUUUCCCCACGAAAACAAACAACAACUCAACUUUUGCAAAAAUGGAUACACAUUCCCUUUAUCAUUCUUUAAUAGCCCUGGCCGUUGCUUCAACCAGGGUAGCGAUGGCAGGGGCUAGCGGCUGUGCAGUGAAGCUAGCAACUAAGCACCGCUAACUGAGCAAUGAAGCUAGCAACUGAGCACCGCUAACUGAGUGGCAAAGCUUGCUACUGGGCACAGCUAAUUAAGCAGUGAAGCUAGCGGCUGAGCACCGCUAACUGAGCAAUGAAGCUAGCAACUGAGCACCGCUAACUGAGCGGCAAAGCUUGCUACUGAGCACAGCUAAUUAAGCAAUGAAGCUAUGGAAUGAGCACCGCUAACUGAGCGGCUAAACUAGCGACUCAGCACCAGUAACUGAGCGGCAAAGCUAGCAGCUGAGCAUCUCUAACUGAGCAGCAAAACUAGCAGCUGAGCAUCUCUAACUGAGCGGCGAAGAGAGUGGCUGAGGACCGCUAACUGAGCGGGGAAGCUAGUGAAUGAGCACUGCUAACAGAUUGUCGAAGCUAGCGGCUGAGCACCACUAACUGAAUGGCAUAGCUAGUGCCUGAGCACGGCUAACUGAGCAGUGAAGCUUGUGAUUAGCACCGCUAACUGAGCGACGAAGCUAGCAACUGAGCGCCACUAACAGAGCGGUGAAGCUAGCGGCUAGACACCACUUGCUUCCUGGAGAAAUUGGGUGUUUAUGUUGGUCUGGGGGGCAGUUCUGGAUGUGCAGACACUUUCUGGACGGACUGUUCUCACUUUAUGACAUCAGAUUGUGAGAACACAAGUCUUUGUGGGUUUGGAGGGGCUAGCGCUCAGAGCGCAGGUUCUUAGAGGAAUUCUCAAGAAAGCGUAAAUUGGUCAAAUUUGGGGUUGUUUAUAGUAAGGAAUGAACAUUAUAAUACACUUAAAAGCUCCAAAAGUUGAUUUUGCCUGGUACUGGCCCUUUAAAUAAUAAUACAAUUUUGAGUCAAAAAACUUGUGGGACUAUUGUCGGCAGGGCAAGCCCGCCCUCACCUCCCGUCACCUAACUGUUAACAUGCUAACAGCCCCUCACAAACCCCAACCUAAUGCAGCGUUCACACUGGACAUUUGAUGCGCGAGCUUUAACACAUGUUUAGCCUAUGUUGUUCACACUGGACAAGCAGGAAAGGGCUUCUUCUUUUACUUUUUCUACUGUUUGCUAGCGUACGUCCGCCACCUACAGUUGGAAGAUGCUCAGUGUGAAAUGUGGAAAAUCUGGUGAAUCUUGCUGUUUUUAUUUCACAGCUCCAUUCAAAGAUAGAAAAAGACUUGGUGUCAUCGAAUUUCGCAAAUAUCAGUCAUUAAAUGGUUGGCACUUCCAUUAAUUAAUAUAUCACUACCAAACCAGAGUCCCUAAUUAGUCAAAGUGUGAUCUGGUUUAACUUUUAUCACAUGUUUUAGUGAUUCAAUUUGUACGUAGUUCCCAAAAACGGUUGUAGAAACUUGCAGAACGAUAUGUGAACAUGGAAGCCCGAAGAUGCUUAUAGACUUUUCAUUUUCACUUGCUUUCGAGGGCAGCUGUAGCUGAUCAUUACCAGUGCAAUAAAAAUGGCGAGCAGUAUCAGAUAAAUCUAGCUGUAUAGUUUUGAGCCAGAUUCCGGCAAAGACAUACAUAGAUCUAGUCGUCUACAAGUGGAUAAAUCACAAAGGGGCAGAUGGUUUGUCGACUGUAGUUUAUUUGUAAAAAACUGUUUUCAAACUGCAUUUUCUUUCAUCUGCUCCUAAUUCACAGUGAUCUGAGUAAAGAAAUACAAAGAAAUGUAAUUUUUAUGCUUAAUUCUCUUGAUAUAUGUCCCCCAUUGACAAAAAAUGCCAAAAUAACACUUAUUUUCAUCGGAGUGGGUCUUUCAUCACUUUGGAAUUUCUUUUUUUGUUCUUUGUCGCCCUCUUCUGGCGGUUUUUCAAACAGUCACGUGGACUGGUGGGAAGCAGCUCUUCUCUGCACUCUAUAAUGGCAGUUAUUACUGGAUCUGUGAUCACAGGAUGUUUGUUGUGUUUUAUUCCAAGUCUGCUAAACCCUUUUCCAACUUUUUUUUAGAUACAAGUCAAAGACUUGUUGACAGUGCACUUCCAUAUCAGGAGACUGUAUUGAAAAUAUAAUAGGAGGAAAAUAUGUUUGAUUUUCUACAUGUUUGCACACAUAUUCAUGUCUAAUAUUAUAGCAAAUCACUUUAAGUUGAUAAAUUUUGCUUUGCCUAGUUUUGUUUCGUUGCAUGUUGGUGGAUGUCUUAAAUAAUUUUCUAUGCAAAUAUAAAGAAGCAGCUACUGUGGAGUGGCUCGGGUCCAAAGAAAUGUUUAAAUAAAAAGCUUUUCUCUGUAUAACAA